CCCGGGGCCACCGCGCCGAGCCCGGGCGGGAGUGGCCCCGCGCAAGCGGGGAGCGGCGCUGCGCACUCCAGCCCGGCGGGCACCUCGGGGGCGGGCGCGGGGCGCAGCCUUCUGGUCCCAGCAGCUCUGACAAGCGCCCCCGGGCAUCUCGGGGGCUGCGGGGCGCGGGGUGGGCGCGGACCCGGGCGCUGGGCUCGUGCGGGGCCCCGGACGUCGCGAUGAACAUCGUGGUGGAGUUCUUCGUGGUCACUUUUAAAGUGCUCUGGGCGUUCGUGCUGGCCGCGGCGCGCUGGCUGGUGCGGCCCAAGGAAAAGAGCGUGGCCGGCCAGGUGUGCCUCAUUACGGGCGCCGGCAGCGGCCUGGGCCGCCUCUUCGCGCUCGAGUUCGCCCGGCGCCGGGCCCUGCUGGUGCUCUGGGACAUCAACACUCAGAGCAACGAGGAGACGGCGGGCAUGGUGCGCCACAUCUACCGCGACCUGGAGGCGGCGGACGCCGCCGCGCUGCAAGCUGGGAAUGGUGAGGAAGAAAUUCUGCCCCACUGUAACCUGCAGGUUUUUACCUACACCUGUGAUGUGGGAAAGAGGGAGAAUGUCUACCUGACAGCGGAGAGGGUCCGCAAGGAGGUUGGCGAGGUCUCAGUCCUGGUCAAUAAUGCUGGCGUGGUCUCUGGGCAUCACCUUCUGGAAUGUCCUGAUGAGCUCAUUGAGAGAACCAUGAUGGUCAAUUGCCACGCACACUUCUGGACCACUAAGGCUUUUCUUCCUACCAUGCUGGAGAUUAAUCAUGGUCAUAUUGUGACAGUUGCAAGUUCCUUGGGAUUGUUCAGUACUGCUGGAGUUGAGGAUUACUGCGCCAGUAAAUUUGGAGUCGUGGGUUUUCAUGAAUCCCUGAGCCAUGAGUUAAAGGCUGCGGAGAAGGAUGGAAUUAAAACCACGCUGGUUUGCCCUUACCUUGUAGACACUGGCAUGUUCAGGGGCUGCCGAAUCAGGAAAGAAAUUGAGCCUUUCCUGCCCCCUCUGAAGCCCGAUUACUGCGUGAAGCAGGCUAUGAAGGCCAUCCUCACCGACCAGCCCAUGAUCUGCACCCCCCGCCUCAUGUACAUCGUGACUUUCAUGAAGAGCAUCCUCCCUUUCGAAGCAGUUGUGUGUAUGUAUCGGUUCCUAGGAGCGGACAAGUGUAUGUACCCCUUUAUCGCUCAGCGAAAACAAGCCACAAACAAUAACGAAGCAAAAAACGGAAUCUAAGGAUCUUUUUUGUAUGGAAUAUCAUUUCUACCAGAAGACGAUCAAGAUAUCUCACUCCGACCCACAUCAUCAUGACUGGAUUAUCUCUGGAUUCUAAAUCCGCAUUGACUUUUUUUUUUUUUCAAAUCAACUUUUUAAAAAAAUAAAGUGUAAAUUAACCGACUAGAGUGCUUGGAAAAUGUGAUCAGCGUAAGUGAGCUUAAGUUGUUGCCGAUGGGGUCCUUUUCAGGCAGAACCCUAAAACCAGUCUUAUCUUUUAGACAAGCGCUGUGUGAUGUCUCCAGGCUACCAUUAUUUUUUCUGAAUGAGCAGGAAGUCUCGAGAUGAUAGCGACAGUGUGUUUCAUGUGUGUGGUUUUUCUUAAUUCCCAUAGAGUUUAUUAAUUCUUGUAAUUAAUCUCUAGCCAAUUGACACCCUUGCAACUUCAAGGACUGAUAGUGCUAUAUUUUCUCAUGUUUUCGAAGUUUCAGUUUUGCAAAGCCUGUGUGGCUCUCUCAUUGUGUUUGUAUGUACAGCUCUUUUAAAAUGGCAUUUUGAAAUCUCUAUCAAUUGGAAGUAGAUGAUGAUGUCUGAUUGUUACAGUGAAGGUGAUCAGGUCUCUUUGUUAAAGUCAUAACGACUACAGUGUUGGUCGAAUUUUAAAAUGAGCCUCUGAGAUCUUUCCUUGAGUAUCUCUUCCCCUGGAGACCUAUUUAUCCAGAAAAAGAUCAUACAUUUUCUACCUAUGAAUUUUGCUGCAUACAGAAAGUGCCCUUUCCUCAGGAAGUUGCUGUGUUUCAUUUCUUUGGAUGGACUUUGAUCUAGAAUACAUAGCAGCUCUGCAAAGAAACAGUUUCUAAAAAUGGGAACUUCUGCAUUUAAAAAUGUCCCCAUUUUUGUGCCAACUAUGAUUAGCAAGGGGGAGAAAAUCUUAUACUAUGGAGUACAUAUGGAAGGGUGUAAAGAUUCUUUUGAAAGUUUUAUUCACAUUGUAGAACAGCAAAUGACAUUUUUACAGUAUUUUUUUGUAAAGCAAACUAUUUUGUGCCUUGAAUUUGGUAAAUGUGUAUUAGUGAAACGUUGUAAAAGUGAACUUCUACCUCUGUAUCUAAAUGUAUACCAUCCACUUGUAAAUUACUAUAAACUAUUAUGUGAUUGCUUUUUUUUUUUUAGAACGUCCUGUUUAAAUAGUGACCAAUGUUUUAGGCUAUUAAAAUAAGCCAUCUUUUACUAAUUAAUUGGGAAAUUUUAUAAAGGACUGAUUAAAUUUAAA